AUGAAGCCAGCCAUGGAAACUGCAGCGGAGGAAAAUACAGAACAAAGCCAAGAGAAAAAAGUGAUCACCAGACCAGAAAUGGAAAUUGGCAGGUACCACUGGAUGUACAGGAGUUCAAGGCCACACCAGUACCAUCAUGUGCCAGCAUUGAGAGGCAAUAUUAGUCCUUUGGGGAUUCAAGGUUGCUUUGAAUGUUGCAUUAAGUGCCUGGGAGGAGUUCCAUAUGCUUCACUGGUGGCAACCAUUCUCUGCUUUUCUGGGGUAGCAUUGUUUUGUGGCUGUGGUCAUGUGGCUCUCACUGGAACUGUAUCUAUCCUUGAACAACACUUCUCCACAAACUCCAGUGACCAUGCUUUGCUGAGUGAAGUCAUACAGCUAAUGCAGUAUGUAAUCUAUGGCAUUGCAUCAUUUUUUUUCUUAUAUGGAAUAAUCCUUUUGGCGGAAGGUUUUUAUACAACAAGUGCUGUGAAGGAACUGCAUGGUGAGUUCAAAACAACAGCCUGUGGCCGAUGCAUCAGUGGAAUGUUUGUUUUCCUCACAUAUGUGCUUGGAGUGUCCUGGCUUGGGGUCUUUGGCUUUUCUGCUGUGCCUGUCUUUAUGUUCUAUAACAUAUGGUCAACUUGUGAAGUCAUCAAAUCACUCCAGACAAAUAUGACCGCUUCAGGGGACCAGAUCUGCGUGGAUGUCAGGCAAUACGGUAUCAUCCCUUGGAAUGCUGUACCAGGCAGGGCUUGUGGUCCAAUUUUAGAGAACAUCUGCAACACAAAUGAGUUCUACAUGUCCUAUCACCUGUUCAUUGUGGCCUGUGCUGGAGCUGGUGCCACUGUCAUAGCCCUGAUCCACUUCCUCAUGAUACUGUCUUCUAACUGGGCCUACUUAAAGGAUGCAAGCAAAAUGCAAGCUUACCAAGAUAUCAAAGCAAAAGAAGAGCAGGAGCUUCAAGAUAUCCAGUCUCGGUCAAAAGAGCAACUCAAUUCUUACACAUAA